AUGGUAGAGACGUUUCCAACCGGACGUCUCGAUGUCGAUCUCACUGUGAGUGCCGGUAAGGUCCAGGGACCGUUCGGCAUAACAUACAACAGUAGACUUUACAAUAAUGUAUAUCCAGCGCCGACUAUCCGCUGUCGAGCUGGAGAUACGGUACGGGUCAAACUCAACAAUGAACUACAAGACAACAACUCAACUCGAGAGAGCGAGAUGUCGCUGAAUGAAUUACACCACCCGAAUAGUACAAAUCUACAUCUUCACGGUAUGCAUAUAUCCUCCGAAGGACACCAGGAUAGUGUGGGGCUAAGUAUCGAACCAGGGUUCUCGUUCCAGUACGUCUAUGAGAUAAACCCAAAACAUCAUUCCGGGACCUCCUACUACCAUCCUCAUCUGCACGGUAGCACAAAUCUUCGAGUGCAUGGUCUAAUGGCUGGCGCUUUCAUUGUAGAAGAUGAUCCAAAGAAAACAUCACCUGAUUUGCUUGCCAUGGACGAUUUGGUAGUCAUGGUUCAGGGUAUCUACAUGGGCAACAUAGAGCUCGAAAACCCGGAGCAAGUGUCAGAAAAUCUGCUUAUAGUUAAUUGUCAGUACAUGCCGAGAGUCGAGUUCAAAAUAGGUGAACUUAAGCGUCUAAGAGUUGUAAAUGGGCUCAGCAUGGAGGCACUCAUGUUUGGAUUGUCGGAUGAUGACGCGUGUGACAUCUAUGAGCUCGCAAACGAUGGCUUAUUCAUACCUUCCGGCGGUCGAGUGGAUGUUGCGGUACAAUGUUCAGCAUCGGGCUUAUUCUCAUUGACCACUGUUGCCGAUGAGCGGCUGGCUGACUACGCAAAAAUCUGGGGACCAGUUCCUGGUCAACCGUGCAACAUUACCAACACCCAAGCGCUACUUAUGAUUGAUGUAUCCGACAAGGUUAGUAUCAUGGAGCUCCCUAUAGUGUUGCCAGCACUACCGAAGUAUCUACAAAAGGGAGCGAAUGCCAUCAAUAAUCAGCCAUUCAAUCCCACCGAAACGCUCAACACCAUUCAAUUAGACAAAUACUAUCAAUGGAAUCUGUCCGCAGGCGAAGACUUCCAGGAAGGCGCGGGCUAUCCCCAACACCCAUACCAUCAACACAUCAACCACUUUAUGAUCACCAAUGACGACCCAAUUACCGAUGGUAUGCUUUUCCGCAAAGGUGACUUCCGCGAUACCAUCCCACUUUUUGCCAGUACGCCUGUGGACUUUCGCUUCUAUACGGCUGACUAUGCUGGACCUAUGAUGCUGCACUGUCACAAUCUUGCACACGAGGACAAGGGUAUGAUGGGCGUUGUAGGCAUUCAAAAAUAA